AUCCUCUAAGCAGAGUGUAUUUGAAACCAAAAAAUCCAUCUGACUCCUUGAGUACCUACAUAAAUGCUAACUACAUUAGGGGAUAUGGAGGUAAAGAGAAGGCUUUCAUUGCAACUCAGGGACCCAUGAUUAAUACCGUGAAUGAUUUCUGGCAGAUGGUUUGGCAAGAAGACAGCCCUGUCAUUGUUAUGAUCACAAAGCUGAAAGAAAAAAAUGAGAAAUGUGUGCUUUAUUGGCCAGAAAAAAGAGGAAUCUAUGGGAAGGUUGAAGUCCUUGUUAACAAUGUGCAAGAAUGCGAGAACUAUACUGUCCGUCAGCUUACAAUAAAGCAAGGGAGUCAGUCCCGGAGUGUGAAACACUACUGGUACACAUCCUGGCCAGACCACAAAACACCCGACAGUGCUCAGCCUCUGCUGCAGCUCAUGCUGGACGUAGAAGAGGACCGGGUGGAAUCACCAGGCAGAGGACCUGUCGUUGUGCACUGCAGUGCUGGUAUAGGAAGAACUGGAUGUUUUAUUGCCACUGCCAUUGGUUGUCAGCAGCUGAAGGAAGAGGGAGUUGUAGAUGCAUUAAGCAUUGUCUGCCAGCUACGAGUGGAUCGGGGUGGAAUGGUUCAGACCAGUGAACAGUAUGAAUUUGUGCACCAUGCACUGAGUCUGUAUGAAAGCAGACUUUCUGCAGAAGCUGUCCAGUGAUGGACAAGAAGGCUAAAACCGAAUGUCAAGUCUCUUGAGGUAAUUUGUUUCAUUACCUACCAGCAGCUUCUUCAAGGAGUUUACUGCAGUUUGCUUUGAGGCCAACUUCUGAAAGGAUUGUGGAUGGUUUGGCAAAAGUAUAGAGAUUGCUGGAACCUUACUGUAUGUGAAUGUAUUGUGAGCUUCCCAGAAAUGAUUUAUAAAGAAGGUACAGUACUGAAACUAUACAUGGAUUUUGCAUAUAUAUCUAAAGGUGGGGUUAAUUCUGUAAUGCUGGUAUCUGCCAUAUGGAAUGUAUGUGCUACUGCUGCAGUGGGAUGGACACUGGAACUUCUACAGAAGAAAUGUUUAUCAAGUGUAUAAAUGCUUUAACGUUUGCAAACUGUCUUGUGAAUGGACUGUCAACUGUACUGUAAAGUGCUAUUACUGAUUAUGUGGUGAGCUUGUUUCUUGGCCACAUAAUAUUCUUGCUGCUAAAAUUGCAAGUGUUCAAUUAUGGAUUAAAAAAAAGAAGAUGAGAUAAUAAAAAAAAUAGAAGUCUUGUUUUUGAAAAUAUUCAAAAGCAGUUACUAUUUUAUAUGGAAAUAUAUGGUCUUCAAACUAUUAACUAUUAAAUGUGUAUUUACUGUAGGUCUUACAGAGCAGUUGCAGAGCACAAUGUCUGUUAUUCGGUGUAUAUGUAUUUACCUUAUACUGUUGAUUGUCUUAGAACAUGCUUCUGCUACAGACCUGAAUCCAGUGUAUUUGUAAAUUGUGUAAGUCAUCUUACUUUUAAAAGAAACUUUGUAGCGUAUACUAAAUGAUAAGGAUUUUAAAUAUUUGUCUGUCUUUUAUUAAUACAGAAAUUUUUGCUUCCGUUGUUUAUCUGCUCUAUCUCUUUCCAUAAGAGAUGGAUGCCUUUUGUGAUAUGGACUGUUCCAUGACAGGUUAUAUAAGAAGGACGAUGCUGCUAAGACUGUUUCAUUUACUGUUCAGUGAGAGUUUUUAAGAGAACUGCAAAGCUGGCAUUAUGACUUACAGCACUGGGAGGUCUGUUUACAGGGUAUAAUGAGUUUUUAAUGCAGUGAUGUUGACUUUGCUUCAUACUGCUAAUAAAUUACACUUGAUA